AUGGAUUCUCCCGCGUAUCCAGCCCCGUCUUUAGGGUCUCCUUCGUCUUACCCCCCACGGACUCUGGCUUCACCCUCCUUUACACCCAGACUCAUGGAGUCUUCAGCCUUCCCCCCGCGGACUUCAGACUCUGCCUCGCUCUCAGCCAAGUUGGAGGCGCCCCCUUCCCCGCCAGUCUACCCACCAAGGAAUAUGGAGAUGCCUUAUGGCCAGCGACCUCUUCCAGAGCAUCCUAUGGGAUACUCAAACUACUCGCCAGGAUCAUUCCCACCGUCUUCCGGGCCCUACGGUCCCCCUCCAGUGUCGUUUGCCUCGCUACCUCCCUCCUUCACGCCCUCAUCUCUGGCGCCCUCGCUCUCCUCUACACCAGGAUUCCCCCCAUCAGGAGCUACUGGAUCGCCUCCUCUGGAAGCUUUUGUACAGUUGCUUCUUGCAAUGAACGUCGAAGAUCAACUGAAGUGUUCCCCGGAAGAUGACGUACCAGCAAGGAUUUUUUCAAGUGAUCUAGAACGCUACCAGUGUGACUUUUAUGAUCCUUUUUCUCCCUCCUUACCCAACAAAGACUCCCGUCCCGGGGACUCCAACCUCGCCCAGCAGGGACAGUCAGACCGUAGAUUAAACAACCGUAGCCAAAAGAGAGGUAGAAGCUAA